CGGGGACUGCGCGGAGCCAGAGGCGAGUGAGGCGGUGGCUGGUACAAAAACCCCACCCCGGGCGCCUCUUACUCUUGCUCAGCCGGGACUCCCCGCCUGUCGCCUGCUCGACGGCCAUUCCAGUGAAAUUCAAGCUGUGAACACGCUAGUCACCCAAAGUAAAGCACUUCCAUUGGCCGCACCUGGAGGGGCAACAGGUUGAUCUGCUGAACAGUUGCAAAAUCUGUUUGAAGCCGAUUUUUUUUUUAAAAAACACUCAAGCUGAUCCCACAGUAAAAACGUGCAGGGUUUGACUAGCAUUGUAGAACCGGCAGAACAGUUCUUUCAAGAUGUCAACGGUCCACGAGAUCUUAAGCAAGCUCACCCUUGAGGGAGAUCAUGCUCUCCCUCCAAGUGCCUACGCCACAGUCAAGGCAUAUGGAAACUUUGAUGCUGAUCGUGAUGCUGCAGCCCUCGAAACAGCCAUUAGGACCAAAGGUGUGGAUGAGGUGACCAUUGUCAACAUUCUGACAAACCGCAGCAAUGAACAGCGUCAUGACAUUGCCUUUGCUUACCAGAGGAGGACUAAGAAGGUACUGAGGGAGGCCAAAAGCUACACUAUACUGCAGGAGGAACUUUCUGCAGCUCUGAAGUCUGCUCUGUCUGGCCACCUGGAGACUGUUAUCCUUGGCCUCUUGAAGACACCAGCUCAGUAUGAUGCUUCUGAACUGAAAGCAUCCAUGAAGGGUCUGGGAACUGACGAAGACACGCUCAUUGAGAUCAUCUGUUCGCGGACAAAUCAGGAACUGAGUUUAAUCAACAAAGCCUACAGGGAAAUGUACAAGACUGAGCUGGAAAAAGACAUCAUCUCAGACACAUCUGGAGAUUUCCGCAAGUUGAUGGUUGCUCUAGCCAAGGGGAGGCGAAAUGAGGACGCUUCUGUGGUUGAUUAUGAGCUGAUUGACCAAGAUGCCAGGGACCUGUAUGAUGCUGGUGUGAAGAGGAAGGGAACCGAUGUUCCCAAGUGGAUCAACAUCAUGACUGAGAGGAGCAUCCCCCACCUUCAGAAAGUGUUUGAGAGGUACAAGAGCUACAGCCCUUACGAUAUGCUGGAGAGCAUCAAGAAGGAAGUGAAAGGGGAUCUGGAAAAUGCCUUCCUGAAUCUCGUUCAGUGCAUUCAGAACAAGCAGCUGUACUUUGCUGACCGACUGUAUGACUCGAUGAAGGGCAAAGGAACCCGAGACAAGGUUUUGAUCAGGAUUAUGGUCUCCCGCAGUGAGGUUGACAUGCUGAAAAUUAAGAGCGAAUUCAAGAGGAAAUAUGGGAAGUCCCUGUAUUACUUCAUCCAGCAAGACACAAAGGGAGACUACCAGCGGGCGCUCCUGAACCUGUGUGGAGGAGAAGAGUGAAAACUGCGAUGGGAAUAGAAAAUGUUCCUGCCCUGAAAUGUGCUUUUCCCUUGCUUCCUUCCUGUCCCAGUCUCCUUUGCAGAACUAGGCCCACUGACACAAUAGCCUUGCUAACUCAACUUCCAUAUUCUAUGUAUGCCAGAUUGAUACUGUUGGCUGCUUUUGUAUAGUUCCCCUUCCUUGGUGCUGCCGUUGCUUGGCUUUUACCCAAGUAGCUAAUCUCAGCAGAAGUAAUCAAGGCCAGAGAAGUUAACAUUCCAAAGAGAGAAACAGAGGCGAGCUUUAACAUGUGUGGUGGAAGAUUCUGCCUCUUUUUGUGUGCAUUACGUUCCAGUUAGAAAUACAAAUAAAAUGGAGCUUUGACUUUAA